AUGAAGUUCCUCGUCGUCCUUUCCGCGCUUGCUUCGCUCGCCGCUGCGCAGAUGGCAGUCAUUCGUGCUCCCCCCGCUCAAUCCACAUUCGCACCUGGCGAGCAGUUCAUUGUCGAUGUCGACCGACCCGAUACUCUUACGGGCUCGCAGGAGGUCUCUGUAGCCAUCGGACUCCUGAGCUGCGCCGGCCGGGCGCCGCCGGGGACGUGCGACGGCAUCGACUUUACUGAACAAAUUGGAACAGCCCUCUACGCCGGCCCAUACGCACCCCAGCUCCGGCCUGGAGGCUCCGACCUUUUUGAAAACUUCACGGUUACUGUUCCUGAGGGCUUCCCUUCAGGGGCGGCGGAAGUAGUUGUCGCCCACUUCUCCUUGGUCGGAGUGAGUCUAAACAGGUUUCCUGAUAUGAAGUGGCUGCUAAUUGUCAUUUUGUACGCAGGCUCUCAACUGGCCCACGCUUGA